GCCCCUUCCCACCAGAUGCCUCGCCCCUACCUGAGAGCCCCGGUGGCUCCUCAGGCCUCUUCCCCCUUCCCACAGCUGGGUGGGGGUGGCUGGGGGCGGGUGCAGCUGGCUGAGGAGCCUGAUGACUUCCUGCCCUCACCCGGUGCUCACCACAGCUUCCUGCUGCGGGUGGCGGGCCAGGCGGGUGUGGAGGAGAGGCAGGCGCUGAGCCGAGGGGCAGGGACGCCUGGGGCACAGGGACCACACAGGGUGACUGGUGCCCCAGACCACAGCCCGGGCCCUGGUCCACCCAGGACCAGGGUCUCAGAGCCGGCACCCAGCCCCACUCAGUCCAGCAAGGGGAGGUGGUCCCGGAGCCCCCGGGGAGGACACAGCUGCUCACCAGGACCCCCAGUGGGGGGCCCUCUUGGUCCCUACACACCGCUGCAGCUGAGCGAGAGGGGCCUGUGGGGCAGCCGGCCCGGCACAGGCGCCCUCCUGCAGAUGGAGGUGGACGGCCUGACCCCCUAUCCGCUGGGCCUCCUGCUGCUGCCCCUCCUGGCCAUGCUGCUGAUAGCCCUGUGUGUGCGUUGCCACGAGCCGCCCGACUCCUACGACAGCGCUCCCGCAGACAGUUCAAACCCCACGAGCAUCCUGAUCAAACCUCCCUACACUCCAGUUCCCUGGCCACCUGCCGCCUCCUACCCACCUGUUAUCUCCUGCCCACCUCCAAGCCAGCCAGACUUGCUCCCCAUCCCGAGAUCCCCGCAGCCCCCUGUGGGUUCCCACCGGAUGCCGCCUUCCCAACAGGAUUCAGAUGGUGCUAACAGUAUGGCGAGCUACGAGAACCAGGGUGCGUCUGGGAUCUCACGUCCCCGGGCUAGGUGGGGCAGCUGGCAUCUGUCCCAGGUCAUGCUGACCCCUGUGUCAUUGUCCCCAGAGCCAGCCUGUGAGGACGCAGAUGAAGAUGAUGAUGAGGACGACUAUCACAACCCGGGCUACCUGAUGGUGCUUCCUGACAGCACCCCAGCCACUAGCACUGCUGCCCCCUCAGCUCCUGUGCCCAGUGACCCUGGCCUCCGUGACAGCACCUUCUCCACGGUGGGGGCGGGUGGGCCUCGAUGGCUUCCCACAGUGGAAGAUUACGUGAACGUUCCUGAGAGCGGCGAGAGCGCAGAGGCGUCUCUGGAUGGGAGCCGGGAGUACGUGAAUGUGUCCCAGGAGCUGGAGUCCGAGGCUCCAGUCAAGCCUGUCCCAGCUCCCCUGAGCUCCCAGGAAGUGGGGGAUGAAGAGGAAGAGGGGCUUCCGGACUAUGAGAACCUGCAGGAGCUUAACUGACUGCCUGCCAGGGUCACGUCUGUCCUGGAUCCAGCCUUGCGGGCCGGCUGAGCUGGGCAGCUUGAAGUGGCUCGGGGGGCUCCACUUGGUACCCUGCCCUGACUCCAGCCGGACAACAGCCUGAGAAUCCCCCCUAACUUAUUGUCACUUUGGGGGCCAGUCUGUGUCCCCCCCAAUACCCUGCACCUUCUGACGUAGCCUGAGAAUGACCCCCCCCUGGUCCAGCCCCACCCUCUGUAACCAAAUAAAGGCCACGUGGUCUGUGGCGCCCUUGACUCUGAGGCCCCAGGGGCUGGAGGCUGAUGAGGUUGGGGUGCGCCAGGUCCUGCCUGUGUCUGCGCUGAGAACGUGGGAGGGCUCGCGUGCGUGUGCCUGCGUGUCGGGGAGCCGCAGAGACCUGCGUGUGCGUGUGGUGGGUCUCCGUCACCACAGGGUGAAGCGCCUGGCCUGGUCCUGGGAGUGACAGCAGACACUGCCCGGCACACGGCUGCCUUUGGAGUGAGGCUGAGACCCAGGACCCAGGUCGCAUCUCCCCACGAGGUGGUCCAUGCAAGUGCAGCGCUGUUGGCAGAGCCGCUGAUGGUGGGGUCCCCCAGGGGCGGUGUGGAUGUCAACCGUGAGACCCUCCCCAGGCACUCAUCCUCUGUCCUUGUGACCAGGGGCUGGCCCUGAUGACCUCGAGUGCUCUUAGUUCUCGGCCUGGGUGGUUCUCAGUAGAUCAGAAACGGUGGCUGCGAGUCGGGUGGGUGUGGUGUGGGCGCCGGAGUCGGCUGCUCUGGAGGGAGCCUGGCUGGGAGGGAGGCAGGGCCCUGAGUGCCACCACAGCGAGACCUGGUCUCAAAAAAAAAAGUUCUAGGUGGCUGAAAAAGCUGGUGUGGGGCAGCCCGUUUCAGGUGGCUCCUGCAGGUCUGGCUCAUGCCACCCCGACUCGGUGGCCUGGGCGGGGCCCGGGACUCUGCAUCUCGCUGCAGCACCCAGGGGAGCUCCCUGGGCUGCAUCUUGGACAGCAGGCUGUGACUCUGGUGCCCACCUGACUGGCAUCCCCUGCCCCUUAUUUUGGGAACAUCCCCUUGGGCUCCCCUGGGCUCCCCUGCUUUCCCAGUCUCAUUCCGGUUGAUCUGGAGCUGGUUGAGCCAGCCUGCACCCCGGCAGGGGACCCCAGACAUCCCCCUUGCCUCUGGCCACUGUGAGGGCUCAGGCAGAGGCACGGGAGCAGCCACGUGGCGAGGCACAGGCCUGGGGACGUGCUGGGAGGAGAAGCCUGUCCUUCGCAGCGCUCCUUCAACUGGAGGACAGAGUCCUGGGGCCACCUGGGAAGCCCACCUAGGACAGAGCCAUCGGGAAGGAAAGAGUGUCCCAGAGACGGGCCGGCAUGGCUUCCUGAUCUAACCACACAGGGGCAGGACGACCCUCUCAGGUGUCCUGGUCACCUGGGCCAAUAAAUUACCGUUUGUCUUCAA